UAGACAUUUGUAAUUUCAGACUAAAACAUGAGUGUUUAUUUCGGUAACAAAUGUUGCAAUCGUACAUUUAAGUAAGUCCAUGUUACUGCUUGACAUUUACAUCGAUUUAUCUAUGAAGGUGAAAACAUUUGAUGAACUGUUUUGAUUAUUCAGAGUUGUGAACACGGAAGCACAAAGCCCAAAUGGCUGAAUGAGAAACACAAUACAUUGGUUUCAAUACAAGGUGUACAUUAACAAAACUAGCCUAUUACUGAGAGACGUACAUUCCAUUUAUCAAACACGCAAUACAAACAAAAUACACACAUUAUUUUAUCAGUAAUAGCAUGUGGACAUUUUUCAAAUGAUGUACUAUUUUUUGAUAAUAGUUAUAAAUAAACCACCUUGGAUAUGUUGCUUGACAGGUUGCAGAAAGGCAUAGCAAAAAUGACGAUUCGACGAAAAGUACUGUCCGCUUUACGAACAAAUAGAGUUGGCGCCGCAAAUAGGGAGUGCUGUUUCUUCAUUUUGAUGCUAUGGUUGAUUGCGUUUCCGGAAUUAGUUGGUUCUGUACGGUUAACACCAACGACCAAACUAAUUGAUGGAUUUGACGUUACCCUGAACUGUGCUGUGAACAAUAUUUUUCAUUUUAGUUUUACAAGUUUGCUUGACGAUACAAUAAGAAUCGGUGGAUGUGCAUCAUUCAAUAUUUGUUUUUUGUAUGAAGAGACAUUGGUGAGGAAAUUUCACAUUUCUAAAACAGAAAAUGGUGGAAUAUUGACUAUUUACAAGCUUUCCAGUGAUGAAUGUGGGACGUAUACGUGUUAUGAUUCCGUGGAUAUCUCACAAAUGGACAAUUUCACUGUCUCUCUUCCAGUAGUCUUGGCCACAAAUGCAGGCUUAGUAGCCGCUGGAAACCAAUAUUUCAUAAAGAUGCUCGUGUAUUUUAUUGUUUUUGUAGUCAUAAGUGUAUAAAGAUAAUAUUGCUAUGA